CUGUCUCCAACCUCCAUCCCAUCCCAUCCCAUCCCAUCCCAUCCCAUCCCAUCCCAACCCCUCCCGUCCCAUCCCAUCCCAUGCUGUGUGUCCACUCUUGUCCCAUCCAGUCCCACCCUGUCCAUCCCACAUCUUGUCCCAUCACAUCCCACUCCAUGCAUGUCUCAUCCAGUUCUGUCCCAUCUCAUUCCAUUCAUCCUGUCCCACUGUAUCCUUCCGUAUCCCAUCUGCCCUGCCCCAUCCCAUCCCUGCCUGCUCUGGCACAGCCCUGGCACACCUUGGGGGGGGAAGCUGGUGACACUGAGCGCAGGGCAGGGCAGGAAACCCUUUUUGGUUUGUGGGAAAAGGGAGAGGACCAGUGGGAUGGGUCACCAGGGCUUGGGGGAGGACAGGGGUGUGACAGCAGGUGGGGACCCCCAAUUAAAGACCCCCUGUCCAGGCCCCUCUUGGGCUGUCCUGGGGGUCCACAACCCCUGUCCAGGGCUGAUCCAUUGGGAGGGGACACCAGGAGCAGCUCUGGAAUGGAGGGGGUUCCCUGCCAGGGCUUUGUGCAUCCCAGUGCAGAGGCCCUGUGGAGAUGGGUGUGGAUCACCAGGAGUGCUUAUUCCCAGGGGUGGACUGAGCAGGAUCGGGACACAGCCAUGUCCAGGGAGCGCUGUGUGCCUGUCACCAGCCGUGUGUGCACACCCAGAGCACCCGUGUGUGACCACAGAGGGACACUCGUGUGUCCCCACGGUGUCUCCGUGUGCUCAGGGCGGUGCUCAGCCUUGCCCUUGGCAGCACCCACCCUCCUCAGCCUGGAUCCCACAGGCUGCUCCUUCCCUGAGCUCUUUUCCCUCUCCCUCUUUCUCCCCACCAUCUCCAGCAUCUCCAUGCCCAUGUGGGGCAGCCCCAUUCCACAGAGUGGCUCCAGAGUGUGGAGAAUUCACUGGGGUCACUCAGAGCCAUGGGGAAUUCACUGGGGUCACUCAGAGCAUUGGAGAGUUCACUGGGGUCACUCAGAGCCAUGGGUUGGGAUGGCUGAGGGACCCUGGCACUCCCUGGUCUCUGUGGACCCCAAGUGCCACAUCCCCAUGGUGGCUCUGACCUAA